AUGGAGGGGGUCCCAACGAGAUCUUUGCGCCGUACAACAAAAAAACCAUCAAAUUUUGAUAUGAUUGUACAAGAUGCUUUAGAUCGAGCUUGCAAAGGUCGAACAGCAAUUGUUAUUGCCCAUCGUUUGGCAUCAAAAAGGAUUCAAAACCAAAUUUAUGUAAUGGAUAAUGGUAUGAUUAUCGAACAUGGCGAUCAUAAUACAUUAAUGUCAAAACAAGGAUUAUAUUAUGAUCUCAUGCAAACACAAAAUAUUCAAAAUGUUACUGAAGAUACUAAAAUGCAUAGCAGACUUUCAAGUGUUUUGGCUAGUGUGGAAAAUACUGAUGAUAAAGAAAAUGUUAGAUCACAACGAAGAAAUCAUUCACCAUUUAUAACACUAUUAAAACUAAACAGUUCAAAAUGGUAUUAUAUUCUGUUUGGAUGUUUAGCCAGUAUUUGUAAUGGGUCUAUUCAACCAGCAUUUGCCAUUAUGCUAAGUAAAAUAAUUGAUAUAUUUCGAGAAUGUGAUAAGCAAAUACAAAAAUAUCAUAUGGAAUUUUAUUGUAGAAUAUUUUUUAUAUUAGGCAUUAUUGCAUGUAUUACAAAACUACUUCAGAAUCUGUUCUUUUCUUGUUUUGGAGCUGAAUUAACAAAACGCUUACGUUCGAAAACUUUUGCAUGUAUGUUAUGUCAAGAAGUGGGAUGGUUUGACAGACCCGAAAAUGCAACUGGUGCAUUAUGUACACGUUUAUCGGCAGAUACUGUAGCUGUUCAAACAGUAACUGGAAUGCGUAUUGGAAUGAUUCUUGAAGCACUGGCCGGUCUUGGUAUUGGCUUAAUAUUAGGAUUUAUCUAUUGUUGGCAAUUAGCAUUAGUCAUCAUCGGAUUUGUUUUAUUUUUAUUUAUAAUUUGUUAUUCAGAUAUAUAUUCAACAAAUGUAUUAAAUGAUAAGAAGAAAUAUUUAUUAGAGCAAGUUGGAAUGUUAACCAUUGAAUCAAUUCAAAAUAUUCAUACUGUUAAGCAAUUAACAAAAGAAGAUAAUUUUGUUAAAAAAUAUUCAUCUUUGUUACAUCAAUUAACGAGAUUAUCAAAAAUAUAUCAACACAAAGCAGCAUUGAUAUUUGGUAUAACCAUGUCAAUGUGUUUUUUUAUACUAGCAACAUUGUUUACAGUUGCUACUAAUUUAAUUAAACAAAAUGAAAUUAAAACAGAAAAUAUUGUGAUUUUACAAACACUACAAAUAAUUUUAGGGAUAUCAACGACAAAUAGCUUUAGUGCAAGUGGUUGUGGUAAAUCAACAAUAAUACAACUAAUUGAACGAUUUUAUGAUGUUACUAAGGGGCAUUUGAUUGCUAUAGUUAGUCAGGAGCCAGUUUUAUUUGAUCUAACAAUUAGAGAAAAUAUUGCCUAUGGUGAUCAUUCACGAUCAAUGGAAGAUGUUACAAUGGCUGAAAUAAUGGAUGCGGCCAAUAAAGCAAAUAUACAUGAUUUUAUACAAACAUUGCCACAGGGUUAUAGAACCAAUGUUGGAAUGAAAGGGACACAACUAUCAGGCGGCGAAAAACAACGCAUUGCAAUGGAGAUUGUACAUUAUUAUGUAAUCUGGGCUAGUGGAAUUGUACAAGAAGCGCUUGAACGUGCACAAUUCGAAGAAAAUCGUACGACAAUAAUGAUUGCACAUCGUCUUUCAACUAUCCGAAACUGCGAUUUAAUAUGUGUUAUAGGACGAAACGGACAAAUUAUUGAAUAUGGUCAACACAAUGAGCAUUUUCGCAAUUUUACAUUAAAUGUUGCAAGUGCUGCGAGUCUAAUACACGGACCAGAAGGUGAAUGGGGAAUUGGCAGGGACUCCCCGGGAUUGUACAUGUUGGGGAUUCCCUGGGGAGAUACAAUGUAUCAUGACCCCAAUGUAUCAUCACCCUCACCCUCACCAUCAUGA